CCUUAGCAAGCCAUUGUCCAUCACAAUACAAGCGCUUGCAUUCCUUUUCCUUUGUGUGGUGAUUUUCAGAGAGAGAAAAUGGCCGAAGAGGAGGCAGUUAGAGUGCUUGGUUUCUUGCCAAGCCCAUUUGCUUUGAGAGUGGAAUGGGCUCUCAAUUUUAAAGGCAUCAACUAUGAAUACAAAGAUGAAGAUAUCCACAACAAGAGCCCUGAGUUAUUGAAGUAUAACCCAGUUCAUAAGAAGAUUCCCAUUCUAUUACAUGGCUCUAAACCUGUGGUGGAGUCUCUAGUGAUAAUGGAAUACAUAGAGGAAACAUGGCCUCAAAGUCCCAUCCUCUCAAAAGAUCCUUACGAAAGAGCCAUGUCUCGAUUUUGGGCCAAAUAUGGAGAGGACAAGUGUAUCCCUGCUCUUUUCGGCUUCUUUACAAAACAAGGUGAGGAAGAACUCGUUGAGAGCCUGAAAACCUUAGAGAAAGGCCUCAAUGGCAAGAAAUUUUUCGCAGGAGAAACCAUCGGAUUCACCGAUAUCGCUCUUGGAUGGAUUCCUGUAUGGCUCAAAAUCUCCCAAGAAAUCUUAGGCGAAAAUUUAAUCAAUGAGCAAACACAUCCUCUGUUCUAUGCAUGGUCUCGAGAUUUCCUCGAUCAUCCUGUCAUCAAAGAGAAGCUACCCCCAUACGAUAUGCUGCUCGCCCAAUGUCAAGCUGUCCACGACAGGUUGCUCGCUUCAUCCAAACCUUAAACCUCUAGCUCCAAUGGACUUAUCCUACAGGAUAACCCUUUUGGGCUUAUAAUCUCUUUUUUAUAUCAAUGUUGUAUGUGUGAGCUUAUAAUCCCUUUUUUAUAUCAAUGUAUGUGUAUGUGUGGGCUUAUAAUCUCUUUUUUAUAUCAAUUUAUGUGUGGGCUUAUAAUCUCUUUUUUAUAUCAAUGUAUGUAUGUUAGACAUGUCUUUUGGGAGGCUAAUGAUGUUGCUGAUUCUCAUGCAAAGAGGGGAGUGACUCUUCCAUCCCUAUUAGUUUA